GCUUGUUUGAAGGCGUGGGCACUUGGGAACUGGACUUCUUGCUCGUAUCCUGGCGAGGGGCUUGGGAAGGAGGGUUGGGGGAAGUUGCUUCCUGGAGGGUUGAUAGAGGCCUUCCUCUUAAUGUCCCCCCUAAUUUGGGGUAUCCUUUAGGGAUAAAGAAAUUAGGGUUUUGGCUUUAGGUGGGCUGUUUUUUGUUUUUUGUUUUUGUGUUUCUUAAAAAGCCAGCCGCAGUGAAGAAGAGCUGCUGCAGGUUCGAGGGAGGAGAGGAAGUGCACGGCUGUCUGUAACGUGCCGCCGGGUCCCAGGAUGGAGGAGUGAAGUCUCCGUCGCCGCCGGUUCCAGCCUGCGGAGCGCCCCCCCGCUGAAGCCGAGUCCCCGGAGAGCGCCCUGAGGGAGCAGGGUGGCCGCCUGGUCCAGGAAUGUUUACCCUUGCGGAAGUUGCUUCACUUAAUGACAUUCAGCCAACUUACCGAAUCCUGAAACCAUGGUGGGACGUGUUUAUGGAUUACCUGGCUGUCGUUAUGUUGAUGGUAGCCAUCUUUGCAGGAACCAUGCAACUUACCAAAGAUCAGGUGGUCUGCUUGCCAGUAUUGCCAUCUCCUGUAAACUCAAAGGCACACACGCCACUGGGAAAUGCCGACGUUACCACCAAUAUCCCCAAGAUGGAAGCAGCCACUGACCAAGACAAAGACGGGCGGACGGCAAGUGACAUUUCCUUUGGCACAUCUGCUGUGACACCUGACAUACCUCUCAGAGCCACAUAUCCUCACACAGAUUCGACAGUUCCAAAUCAGGAGACAAAGAAGGAGAAGAAAGAUCCAACAGGCCGAAAGACAAACUUAGAUUUUCAGCAAUAUGUAUUUAUUAAUCAGAUGUGUUACCAUCUGGCCCUUCCGUGGUAUUCCAAGUACUUUCCAUACCUUGCUCUCAUACAUACUAUUAUUCUCAUGGUCAGUAGCAACUUUUGGUUCAAAUAUCCCAAAACAUGCUCAAAAGUAGAACAUUUUGUUUCAAUACUAGGAAAGUGCUUUGAGUCUCCUUGGACUACCAAAGCGUUGUCUGAGACAGCGUGUGAAGACUCAGAGGAAAACAAGCAGAGAAUAACAGGUGCCCAGACUCUACCAAAGCAUGUGUCUACCAGCAGUGAUGAGGGGAGCCCUAGUGCCAGUACCCCGAUGAUCAACAAGACAGGCUUCAAAUUCUCAGCCGAGAAGCCUGUGAUCGAGGUCCCCAGCAUGACCAUCCUGGAUAAGAAAGACGGGGAACAGGCCAAAGCCCUGUUCGAGAAAGUGAGGAAGUUCCGUGCUCACGUGGAAGACAGUGACUUGAUCUACAAACUCUAUGUGGUCCAAACGUUCAUCAAAACAGCCAAAUUCAUUUUCAUCCUCUGCUAUACUGCCAACUUCGUCAACGCCAUCAGCUUCGAGCACGUCUGCAAGCCCAAAGUGGAGCACCUGACUGGCUAUGAGGUGUUUGAGUGCACCCACAAUAUGGCUUACAUGCUGAAGAAGCUUCUCAUCAGCUACAUAUCCAUUAUCUGUGUUUAUGGUUUUAUCUGCCUCUACACUCUCUUCUGGUUGUUCAGGAUACCUUUGAAGGAAUAUUCUUUCGAAAAAGUCAGAGAAGAGAGCAGUUUCAGUGACAUUCCGGAUGUCAAAAACGACUUCGCAUUCCUUCUGCACAUGGUAGACCAGUAUGACCAACUGUAUUCAAAGCGCUUUGGCGUGUUCCUGUCAGAAGUCAGUGAAAAUAAACUUAGGGAAAUUAGCUUGAACCACGAGUGGACAUUCGAGAAACUUCGGCAGCACGUGUCCCGCAAUGCCCAGGACAAGCAGGAGCUCCACCUGUUCAUGCUAUCCGGCGUGCCCGACGCCGUCUUUGACCUCACAGACCUGGAUGUGCUGAAACUUGAACUGAUUCCGGAAGCUAAAAUUCCCGCUAAGAUCUCUCAGAUGACUAACCUCCAAGAGCUCCACCUCUGCCACUGCCCUGCGAAAGUGGAACAGACAGCUUUUAGCUUCCUCCGCGAUCACUUGAGAUGCCUUCACGUGAAGUUCACCGACGUGGCUGAAAUCCCCGCCUGGGUGUACCUGCUCAAAAACCUUCGGGAGUUGUACUUGAUAGGCAAUUUGAACUCUGAGAACAACAAGAUGAUCGGGCUCGAAUCUCUCCGGGAGCUGCGGCACCUUAAGAUUCUCCACGUGAAAAGCAAUUUGACCAAAGUUCCCUCCAACAUUACAGAUGUGGCUCCACAUCUUACCAAGUUAGUCAUUCAUAAUGACGGCACUAAACUCCUGGUACUGAACAGCCUUAAGAAAAUGAUGAAUGUCGCUGAGCUCGAACUUCAGAACUGUGAGCUGGAGAGAAUCCCCCAUGCUAUCUUCAGCCUCUCGAAUCUGCAGGAACUGGAUUUAAAAUCAAAUAACAUACGCACCAUCGAGGAGAUCAUCAGUUUCCAGCAUUUAAAACGACUGACGUGUCUGAAAUUAUGGCAUAAUAAAAUCGCUACCAUCCCUCCCUCCAUCACCCAUGUCAAAAACUUGGAGUCACUUUAUUUCUCUAACAACAAGCUCGAAUCCUUACCCGUGGCAGUGUUCAGUUUACAGAAACUCAGAUGCUUAGACGUAAGCUACAACAACAUUUCUGUGAUUCCAAUAGAGAUAGGAUUGCUUCAGAACCUGCAGCAUUUGCAUAUCACUGGGAACAAAGUGGACAUUCUGCCAAAGCAGUUGUUCAAAUGCAUGAAGUUGAGGACUUUGAAUCUGGGGCAAAACUGCAUCACCUUCCUCCCCGAGAAGAUUGGUCAGCUCUCCCAGCUCACUCAGCUAGAGCUGAAGGGGAACUGCUUGGACCGCCUGCCAGCCCAGCUGGGCCAGUGUCGCCUGCUCAAGAAAAGCGGGCUUGUUGUGGAAGAUCACCUUUUUGACACCCUGCCACCCGAAGUCAAAGAAGCAUUGAAUCAAGACAUAAAUAUUCCCUUUGCAAAUGGGAUUUAAACUGAGAUGAUCCUGUGCAGGAACACCGUCCUAGAGGGCAAACACUCACGUACAAGUUAUUGCAAGAUAAUGCAUUUUAGGAGUAGAUACAUCUUCAAAAAUAAAACACAGAGAGGAUGCAUAGAAGGCUGAUAGAAGAUGUAACUGAAUGUUCCCUGUUUGUAGUGUUUUCAGUCAAUUCAUUUCCAGAUCUUUUCUCUUUUCUUUUUUUCUUUUGGGGAAAGGGAAGGAACGAUUAUAAUCACUAAUCUUGGUUUCUUUUUAAAUUGUUUGUAACUUGGAUGCUGCCGCUACUGAAUGUUUACAAAUUGCUUGCCUGCUAAAGUAAAUGAUUAAAUGGACAUUUUUCUUACUAUA